AUGGAAAUAAAAUACCUGUGAAUUACACUGUCUAGCUAUGGAGACCUGGACAAAGAAGUGAGAGAUCAAGUACAAAAAGCAAAUAGAUUGGCAGAAUGCCUUAAUAACACUAUAUGGCGAAACAGACACAUUAACACUGAGAUAAAAUCAAGAAUUUAUAAAGCCAGUGUAAGACCAAUAAUGACAUAUGCCUCAGAAACAAGAACCGACACAGUCACAACGCAAAGGCUACUGGAAACGGCUGAGAUGGGACUACUGAGAAGAAUUACGGGAGAUACGCUAAGAGAUCAAAGAGAAGUGAAGAUAUUAGAAGAAAAUGUAACGUGCAGUGUAUAAAUGAAUGGACACAAAAUGGAAAAAAGCAAUGA